AUGGAAGCAGAGGCAGCACACCCAUCAAAAGCAGCCCGCUGGCGCAUAUACUGGUUCGCUCUCGUCCUCUGCUCUGGCGGAGCUCUAUUCGGAUAUGACUCGGGGGUGAUUGGCGGCGUUCUAACCUUCCCUUCUUUCACAACCUCCUUCUCAAUCCCCCCCUCUCAAAAAACCCAGACAAGCGCAAUCGCCGUAGGAAUCCAACAAGCCGGCGCCUUUGCCGGCUGUUUCCUCAUCUGGCCUGUGACAAACCACUACGGACGACGUCUCGCAAUGACCCUCUGUUCUUUAAUCUUCUGUCUGGGUGUAAUUCUCGAAACCAUCGACUCGCAUUCGCUCUCUGUAUUCUACAUCGGACGCGUGAUCUGCGGACUAGGCGUUGGCGGGUCCGCGACUGUUAUCCCGAUCUACAUGUCGGAGAUGAGUCCGAAGGAAAUCCGGGGCAGGCUGGGGAGUUGUUACCAGCUCACGUACACGGUUGGAAUCCUUGUUUCGUAUUGGGUUGAUUAUGGGGUUAAGAAGAUGGGGGAGGAUGUUGGGGCGAGGCAAUGGCAGGUUCCUGUUGGGUUGCAGCUUGUGCCGGGGGUUUUGAUGGGGGCUGGGAUGUUGGGAGUGAAGGAGAGUGUGAGGUGGUUACUUUCGGAAGGGAGGGAGGGGGAGGCGUGGGAGAGUCUGGUUUGGGUGAGGGGUGGCGAGGGGGUGGAGGUGAAGGGGGAAUUUGAGGAUAUGAGACGGGGAUUGGAAGAAGAGAGGGAUGCGAAGCAUGGGUUUCGUGUGUGGGAGUUGGUUGAAGGGGGGAAUUUGAAGCGGAUGGGGGUUGCUGGUGGGUUGUUUCUUGCGCAGCAGUCGACGGGAUCGACUGCGUUGGCGUAUUUUGGGCCACAGUUUUUUGAAUUGCUUGUUGGGGCUGGAGACAAAACACUUUUAUUGACGGGGAUUUUUGGCGCUAUCAAGGUCGUUGCUUGUUUGGUUUUUGUGGUGUUUUUGUCGGAUCGGUUUGGCAGACGGCCCUUGUUGGGUGGUGGUGCGGCGUUUAUGGCGAUUUGUAUGAUUGCCACGGCGGCCGUUGUUAAGUCUUACCCCCAGCCUGGGGAUGAGACGGUUACUUCUUCGGGAAUUGUCACGGUCGUCCUGAUAUACCUCGAUAUCAUCGCUUACAACUUCAGUUGGGGUCCGUUGCCGUGGCCGUGUGUGAGUGAGAUAUUCCCGACACGCAUUCGUGAGCCUGGUGUUGCGUUUGGUGUUGGAUCGCAGUGGUUGUUUAAUUUUAUUUGGAGUUUCUCAACGCCAUAUAUCCAACAGAGCCUGGGUUGGGGUACAUUCUUGCUCUUUGGAUUGCUGGAUGUGGUGAUUGUGGGAUUUACUUACUUCUGUCUCAAGGAGACAGCUGGCAAGUCUCUCGAGGAGAUUAAUGGGUUGUUCGAUGUUAAUCCGGAUGCUGAGCAUGGGUGGAAGGAUAUGAAUGGUGAUGCUACAUCGCAUGUACCUGGAAGAUAUCAGGAUGCACAGGUUGAUACUAUAGAUGCCACAGCGGUGUCCAAGCACCGGACUGCACAUGUCGAGUCGAUCGCUGGACGGUCUUGA